ACUACACGGGAAAAUAUCCAUGCCAUCAACCAACCCCAAAAAGCACACUCUAUUCACAAGUCAUUAUACAAAGAAGAGAAAACAUGGCGACUUCAGGAACAUAUGUGACGGAGGUUCCGUUGAAAGGAUCAGCAGAGAAACACUACAAGAGGUGGAAGAGUGAGAACCACCUCUUUCCAGAUGCCAUAGGCCAUCACAUCCAAGGUGUCACAGUCCACGAAGGCGAUUGGGACUCUCAUGGAUCCAUCAAGAUUUGGAACUACACAUUUGAUGGGAAACCGGAGGUGUUUAAGGAGAGGAGAGAGAUAGACGAUGAGAACAAUGCGGUCACGGUCAGAGGUCUUGAAGGACACGUGAUGGAGACUCUUAAGGUGUAUGACACCACCAUUCAGUUCAUUCAAAAGUCGCCUGAUGAUAUCGUUUGCAAGAUCACUAUGGUCUGGGAGAAGCGAACCGAUGACUCACCUGAGCCCAGUAACUACAUGAAGUUCGUCAAGAGCAUGGUUGCUGAUAUGGACAACCACGUCCUCAAAGCUUAAAUAAAUCCCUUGUAUCUUUCGAACCAUCAUCAUCGGCUCCCUCUGUGUUGUGUGGGUGUCUUUCGUAUGUUGAAAUCAAUAUAAUAAUGGAGCUCUUGUGUGGAUGUUUCAAAAAAAAAAUGGAGUUCUUGUAUGGUUUGGUUAAUUACUAUUACUUCUUGGGUUUUGUAAUAUGCUUUCAUGUUUUUAAUUAUGGUGAGUAAUUAACUGCAAGGUUUCAUGUGUAUGUCCAUCUACACAUAACACAUGUCUCCUUGUAGAAAAUGCUAUAUUGUACAUUUUGUGUAAUAUAUAUGUCACUAGUUUCUCUGUUUUUAACCAAAA